GUGUGCUUGUUAGAUUGCAGAACACUGAUGUUUAGCAGCGGAAUAGCUGUCACGCCUAACACAACUUUUAUAGCCUGCACGUACGGCAUUAUUCUUUGUUGAAUUAUCCAGACAACAGCUAUGUUUUUGCUUGAGACAGAGUCGCAGGACUGUCCGAGUAAUCUUUUUGAAAGCGGGUUUGCUGUGAAUGGUUUGAAUGGUCCGGGGCACGGACAGUCUCCUGCGCAUCUUGCGGCAUGCGGAGGUCAGGCUUUCUGCUUGCUUUGGCUCCUGCAAACCGGUGCUGAUGCAAACCAGCAGGACGCAAGUGGAGAAACACCCAUUCAUAAAGCAGCCAGAGCGGGCAGUUUGGAGUGCAUCAGUGUGCUGAUGGCGAGUGAUGCACAUUUCGACAUUUGUAACAAAGCUGGACAGACCGCUGAAGAAAUUGCAUGGUCUUGUGGGUUCGAGGAAUGCGGGAGGUUUUUAAACAUGCAUCGCAGAACUCAGGACCUGAAGAACACUUCAUCAUCAACUCUCGCUGAACGCCAUGUGCUGAGCAGCACUCUCGCGGGACAGAAGAGAGGCCGCGAAGGCUCCAGUGCUCAAGACGGGAAGAAAGCACGGGACUGGUGAUCAAUGCUCUCACAAAGAGAGAGAAUUUCAAGUGAUAUAUAGGCUGUUUAGCCAUUACCGGAGUGAAUGGUAAACGGAUGAUGUUUCAGUACGCCCUCAGAGUCUGAACUACCUGUGGACAUUUGGUAUUGAGCUUACUGCAGCCUCAACAGUGAAGAUAAAUUGAUCCUGUUCUGGGGUCAGUGAUUUGGGGUCUUAAGUUCAAGCGGAAUCACUGACACUGUAGAUCUGCUCAGAGUGGAGUGUGCUUCACACACAUAUACCUGCCAACACAGAGCAGAUGGCAAUCAAGGCAAAAGCAGAGCAUUUUCUUUAAAGGUGGAGAUUGAAACUUCUGGGGUUCUCACUGGAAAAGGUGCAACAUUUAACUUGGAUCACAUACGUCUUGUGAAUCAAUCAUAUAAACCCUUUCUGGGUUUUAUGACAUUCAGUUGGGGACUGUAGAAAUAAGUGGAUAUAAAUGAGCAAAACAGAAGGCAACUGACUUGCUGCCAAGCUUGGCUAAUCAAGAUAUUCUUCAUAAGGCUAGAUUAGUUGUUAAAGUAUGUGACAUUUUUGGUCCAUAUAAACAACUAAGAUAAAACAUGACUUAAUGUUGUGGCAAAUGUUAAGGGAAUAUGUCACAUGCUUUGACAAAAACAGUUUUUGAAAUGUUUUAGGAGUUUAUUCCAUGAUCUGAAAGAGAUAUUAGCUGCUGUUCAAGACGGUUCAAAGAUAUCUUGUGAAUUUGAUGUAUGAGGAACUCAAACUCUGGUAGUUUGAAG